UGGAAACGUAAACAAAACGGCAGUCCUGGCAGUGAUUUCUGAACACACUCCGCUCAGUGGCGCAUAAACCACGAUUUGUUACCAGAAUGGACAAUGUUAGGCGCGUGUCCUCUGCAGGCUACCGGUUAACCUUGCCGGAACGAAACAAUGGGACCCGGCAGGUAACGACCCAGCCACCAGCGGACAGGACGAGAUCCGCUAAAGGAGACGCGGCCUUCGCGGAGCUGAAGCCGGACAAGAGCGAUGCCGUCAAACUGGACAAAGUGUGGAAAGAGGUGGUAUGGAGUGAGAGGAGAGCAGUGCGGGAAUGGGAGAAGAACUGGGACUUUCUCAGGAACUAUGAUCAGAUGGGACAGCUGAAGUCAGAGGAGCCUUUACCCAGCUACGUGUCGCACUUCUCUGAUCGCAUCCCCAACACCACCAACCAGAUGUUUGGCAGCAGACUGUCCACUCCGCUGGGGAGUGAACUGGUCAGACUGGACAGGCUGAAACUCUGGUCCAGAAGCCAUCACAAACGCAAGCUGGAUCCAGAGAUGCUGCCCUGCUAGAGCACUCUGAAGACAAGUCAUCUUACAUCUGGACCUCUGUACAUCUGGUCUUUUUUUUCCUGGACUCUGCAAGGCUGGGAUUGUAAUUUUUUUUGUUCUUAUUUUAAUGAAGUGUGUAUAUUAAAUAAAAUACAUAAAUCUA